AGUUAUUAAAAACGUCUCGGCGCGAGCGGUGCGCCGCCCUGUAAUUAUCCAGUUGAAGGUUUCGUCGCGCUACGUUGUCACCACACUCGCCGGAAAUGCAAUACGUGGAUCCGCCCGCGCAACAGAUGAAUAUGAUGAACAUGAUGCCAGGAUACGGCUGCGGGUACGGGCGCGGUGACGCCAUCUCACCGGCGUCAGACCUGUCCUCGUGCAGCAGUGCGUCUUCAGGCACCUGGUGCGCCCCGCCCGGCUGGCGCGAGCUGCCGGCCUACCCGGCGCAGUACCCGGCGUACUGGCCUCCAACACCCGCCGCGACUGAAGAAGCCAGAGAACUUCAGCGUCGCUGUGCUAAGUGCCGCUGCCCCAACUGCCUCACAGAGGCCGCCGGCUUCGGACCCAACUACGGCAAGGACGGCGCUAAACGUGAACAUGUGUGCCAUGUACCCGGCUGUGGAAAAGUUUACGGAAAAACUUCUCAUCUCAAAGCCCAUCUGCGUUGGCACACUGGAGAACGACCAUUCGUGUGCAACUGGUUGUUCUGCGGCAAGAGAUUCACACGCUCCGAUGAAUUGCAGCGACACUUACGGACUCACACUGGAGAGAAGAGAUUCGCGUGUCAACUAUGUACCAAACGAUUCAUGCGAUCAGACCAUCUCGCUAAACAUGUGAAAACUCACGCGAAUGUGUCGAAGAAGAGCAAGAAAGCGAAAGACGAAGAUAAGGAGGAAACUUCGAGUGCUACAAGUGAUAAAGCGGAACGUCCGGUAGAGCAGCAACCAGCUCCAAUCCCACCGGUAACAGCAGUUGGAAGUACGAACUACGGUACUGUGCCUGUCACGAGUGCUCCGAAGCAGAUGUCUUUGAAUUAUGCGGCGGUUGCACCAAGCAUGGCACCCAGUGUACCGAACUACAACAGUGGCGGAGUGUUCGGGAGUGGAGUCAUGUCUGGCUGGUACCCUGAAGUGAGGCAAGACCACUUGUACCCCCGACCGGGUGUUCGUGACCAUAGGAUGUACCAGCAGUACCCAGCCCCCAUCAGUGCGUACCAGUGCGCCACGAAGGAGAAUUACGCAGUGUUUCAGGGACAUUAUAACUUACAACCACCUGUGGCUUUAGGACAAUAACUUAGUAAGUAGCUGUGUAUCAUAGUGUUGUGUUAAAACUCUCAGAGAACUUGCAUGUGUCCAUGUCGAGGGUAAUAUUUUAAAGUAAUGUAAGUUACCGUGAAUAUAAAUGUGAUGUCUGUAAGAUAGUUUGUUAGUUAAGUUGUAAUUAAUCAUGUGCCUUCGAAUUGUUGUAAAUUGUAUUGUCUAUUUUAUUGAAGUGAAGAAAUAAAAAUCAGUUCAUUUGAA